UAUUGUUUUUCAUGGCGGCCGGUUGAAUAGGAAUUGCGUUACUCGUCAAUUUGUAUUCGUCAUUGUGUAACCAAAACUAUCUAGUAUAGUCUACGUACAUUUUCAAGAUGAUAAUAACACUUAAAACAUUACAACAGCAAACCUUUAAGGUGGAAGUUGAAGGGGAUUCUUUGGUGAAGGAAUUGAAAGAGAAAGUUGAGCAACAAAAGGGCAAGGAUUUCCCUGCCGCUGGUCAGAAGCUUAUAUAUGCUGGUAAAAUUUUAGAAGAUGAAAAGAAAAUAGAAGACUACAAAAUAGAAGAAAAGAACUUUGUUGUUGUCAUGGUGACAAAGCCCAAAGCACCUCCGCCUGUAGUUUCUAAACCUAUAGAAACAGAUAUUGCUCCUCCAGAAAAAUAUCCUGAACCAGUGCCACCUGAAGUUGAAGAAGAGAAAGCAGAUGCACCCAAAACAGAAGAAGCAAAAUCUGAUGUAGCCCAGGCUAGUGCUCCAGCUGCAGUGGACGUGAGUACGCCAACCACUGUGCCGUCCGACACAAGCUCUACGCAGUCUGCCAUACAGUCAGCCGAGAGCACGCUUGUCACGGGCCAGGAGUACGAGAACAUGUUAACGGAGAUGAUGAGUAUGGGCUUCGAACGCGAGCAGGUUGUGCAGGCCUUGAGAGCCAGCUUCAACAACCCUGACAGAGCCGUAGAAUAUCUUCUUAGUGGUAAUAUUCCCGUAGAGGAACCUGCAGCUGCAAUGCCAGCUGUUCCUGCUGCACAACCUGCGUCAACUCCACAGGCUGCCCCGCCAUCAGGAAUAGGCACCACAGGUCCAGGCACCGAGCAGAGUACCGGGACCGGUACGGGAGAGACGGGUACUGGGACAGAGUCGGCGGCCCCUGCAGCUGGUCUUGGUCUUGGGACUGGGCCAACGCAGCCAUCUGCUGGUGAAAAUCCCCUAGCAUUUUUAAGAAAUCAGCCACAUUUUCAGAGGAUGCGGCAAGUAAUACAGGAAAAUCCUCAAGUUUUGCCUGCUCUGUUACAGCAAAUUGGGCAGCAAAAUCCACAGCUUUUAUCACUAAUAAGUCAAAAUCAAGAAAGAUUUGUCCAGAUGUUGAAUGACCCGUUGGAUGAAGCCUCGGAAGGUCCCCAGCAAGGUGCAGGUGGUGGGGCUCCCAUGGGAGCAGGUGGCUACAUCCAGGUGACACCUCAAGAGAAAGAAGCUAUUGAGAGGUUAAAAGCCUUAGGAUUUCCUGAAGCUUUGGUCAUUCAAGCAUAUUUCGCAUGUGAAAAAAAUGAAGAAUUAGCGGCUAAUUUUUUAAUGUCUGAAAAUUUUGAGGAAGAGGAUUUGCAGAGUUGAUCAGGACAUUGAAUGCCUGACGUCUGUUCACGGUUAGAAACUGGUGUAAAGUGACAAAAUGGUUUAUAAUGGACACAAGACGACGCUUUAAAUGGAAGCAACUUUUUCAGAGAGUGCUUAGACAUGGAGCUGUCUACCAAUUCAUUACAGCCGCUGGGCAUCUUGAAGCAUGGUUUAAUUUUUUUUUCCUUCUAUUAUUUAUCACUAUGUUCUUUCUUUCUUUAAUUCUCGGACUCUGCAAUGCAGUACCCCACCUAAUUGAAAAGAAUAUUUUCAAAUGAAAUGGUGAUUAUUUCCGAAACAGUCUUCUUGGGGGAAAUUAUUUCAUAAAAGGUCAUGUAAAGUGUUGAUUAUGUAGAUUAAUUCUAAACAGAACAUUGACAAUAUUGUAUCUUUCCAUCCUGUUCGCUUUUUAAUUUGCUCAUAAUGAUGUAGUCGGUGGGUGCAGCUACUAUUACCAUCAGCAUCUUUAAUUUAUGCCUGGGAAAGAGGUAUUGUUGAAAAUAUGUUAAAUUGUUGUAUUUGCAAAAAGAAAUAACAUUUUUUGAUGUUUUAAAUCUUUGCAUAUCUGUUUCUUAUUACUAGCAAAAUUAUUUGUUACAAGAAUUCCAUCUUUUUGGAAACAACAUUGUUAAUGACAUUUGUAAUAUACCAAAUAGAUGACUGUCAUGCUGAAUAUUUUUACCAGAAAGAUGAUUAUCCUCGCUCUCUUUUUUGUCUUUUCAAGUUUGAAUUUAAGGGGUUUUUUUUAAAGAUAUCCUUUCAGAACAUGACAGCUUUUGGACUUGAGGAUUCUGUUGAUACCUCAAUGAUUGGUUGUUUUUGUGUGAUCUUUGCUUCAAGCAUAUUAUACAAUAACACACUUUCAGGUUUUUAAAUGUAUUUCCUAUAUCUUACUGCAUAACCUGUACUACUCUCCGAGAUUGUGUACGUGUCCCUUGCCGUGAUGUUUCCAGUCACAAGCCUGCUGAGGUACUGCCUGUCUGUGUUUGAGCAAUGAUGUAUCAGUCCUGUGUUCUUCAAAAGAAACACAGAUUGCAACAAAACAACCUUGUACAAAUAAAAUUGUUUAUGCC